AUGGAAUUCGGCGAUGAAACUCAAAAGUGCUCUUACAUUCGGGAGAAGAUAUUAAAGCUCAAGAAUAUCAUUAAAAAAUAUGCUAAAUUUUGUGGUCCUGGGUUGAUGGUAUCGGUUGCUUAUAUGGAUCCAGGUAACUAUGCUACCGGUGUCACAGCUGGAGCUCUGAACGGUUAUUCACUUUUGUUUAUUGUUUUGAUUUCCAACAUUAUAGCUAUUUUUUUGCAGAGCCUAUGUAUCAAAUUGGGGUCUGUCACAGGCUAUGAUUUAGCUCGAUGCAGCAGAGAAUAUUUACCUCAUUGGCUUAAUGUGAUCCUUUGGAUCCUAGCUGAAUGUGCAAUUAUAGCUACAGAUGUUGCUGAAGUCAUAGGAUCAGCAAUAGCAUUGAAUAUUCUUUUGAAAGUUCCUUUACCUGCUGGUGUAGUCAUUACUAUUACAGAUGUUUUGUUUGUAUUAAUGGCAUAUAGGAAUGACACUUCCUCUGCGAGGUUUGUUCGCUAUUUCGAAUAUGUUGUUGGGGUUUUAGUUUUGGCAGUGGUCAUAUGUUUUUCCUUCGAGUUGGGUGCUAUUUCUACUGGUAAGGACACUGUAAGAGACAUAUUUAGAGGUUUUGCGCCUUCACGUCAAAUGGUCGAAGGUAAUGGGUUAACAAUUGCCACUUCUAUCAUCGGUGCAACUGUUAUGAUACACUCUCUUUUCUUAGGUUCAGGUAUAGUCCAACCUCGACUCAGAGAAUAUGACAAGAUUCACGGCCAUAUCAAGCUCGAAGAAUUGAAAGUCGAAGAUGAUACUCAGAGUAAGAGCUCUGAUGAAAAAAAAAGCGGUCAAAAGGCACGUGAAGCCAUGUUCUUCUAUAAUGAGUAUCGUCCUUCUUAUGAAGCUAUUACUUACUCCCUAAAAUAUUCAAUAAUUGAAAUGGUAUUGACUUUGUUCACUUUUGCAUUGUUCGUCAAUGCAGCAAUUUUAAUUGUUGCUGGCUCAGCAUUAUACAAAACACCUGAAGCCAUCGAUGCGGAUUUAUUCACAAUUCAUUAUUUGUUAUCUAAAAACUUGGCGCCUGCAGUAGGUACAAUAUUUAUGGUAGCAUUGCUCUGUUCUGGACAAAGCGCAGGCAUCGUUUGUACAAUAGCGGGCCAAAUUGUAUCAGAAGGGCAUAUUAACUGGACAGUCAAACCAUGGAUACGUAGAUUGGCUACAAGAGGUAUAUCAAUAGUACCUUGUUUGAUCAUAUCGCUCUGUAUUGGAAGAGACGGUUUGUCGACGGCUUUGAAUGUCUCACAAGUUGUUAUAUCUUUUUUGUUACCUCCGCUUACAGCUCCAUUGAUCUAUUUUACUUGUAAGAAAUCUAUCAUGAAAGUCGAACUUCCUAGAGAUGAAAGCGAAAGAGAUGGCGAGUUGACAAUAGAGUCUAAUGAUGAAAAGUAUAAAUACAUGCAUAAUAACAUGUUGACUACCAUUUUAGUAAUUCUUAUAUGGAUCUUUGUUUCAGGUUUGAACAUUUAUGCAAUUUAUGAUAUGGCGAAAAAUGGGGUAAGUGGAUAG